AUGUCACAAUUCUUCUUAUUAAGAGACACAUUGAAAAGAAAGCAACAUACAAGUGUACGUUUCAUAAACAAACGCACCGAUGCAAAAUCUGUUGGUAAUAUAUCUGCCCCAUUGUCUACACCAGCAUUGUCAUCAUCAUCAUCUCGUACCACAUUAGCAUCUGUUGGUACUGUAUCUGCCCCAACAUUUGUUUCACAUGUUGGUGCCACAUCAUCAACACAUGCAUCAUCCAUACCUACAUCAUCCAACCAGUCUUCCUUACCUACAUCAUCUACCCAAUCAUCUAUACCUACAUCUAUCCAAUCAUCUCCACCUGCAUCUACUACAUCAUCUGUACCUAGAUCCGCAACAAAUUGUAGUGAAUCGGUUGAGGAAAAUGUUGGUGUUCAACAUCAAGGGUAUUUACUUGGAUCUACAGGACUGGAUGGGCGUCUAUAUAUUGGAGUGCGAGAUAAGGAGUUAUUUCCUUCGGGCCCAUGUUCUUCCAUUAUCUAUGAAUCUUUUGGUGAAAGAGCUGAUUUAAAUGGGUAUAGUUGGGCAACUUUAAGUGAUGAGACAAAACUCCUUUAUUGGGACGAGUUUCAUAAGAAGCUUUGGGGACAUGAUCCGGCACACCAUGAACUAUUCUUGUAUACUCACACUAAGAAUCACGAUGGAGUGACUUUUUUAGUUGACAAAGCUAAAAAAAUUCAUGAUGAUUUUAUGGAACGAUGUGAUCGGUUGGAAGCAAUAGGAGAGGAAAUUGAUGAGGACAAACUAUUUUAUGAUGUUGUUGGGGGACACGAUCGAAAAAAGAGAUUAUAUGGAUUUGGCUCAUAUGGAAAGCGCAUUCGUUCUAGUAAAGGAUCUUCUGAAAUACAUUGUGAACAAUACGAGGAUAAUAAUGCCGAGACAAAAGUCGAGAUUGAGAAUUUGAAGAAGUUAGUUGAGACACAACGCGAACAAUAUGAGGAUAUUCAACAAAAAUAUGAGGAUGUUCAGCAAAAAUAUGAGGAUGCUCAGAAAAAGAAUGUGGAGUUUCAGCAAAAAAAUGUGGAUGUUCAAGCAAAGUCUGAACUACAACUUGCACAAGCAAUGAAUGUCAUUAACACAUUGAGUGAACAGGUCAAAACUUUUAUUAAUCAAUGA